CUGCUCCGUGCCGUGCUGCAAGGCGCACAGAGAGCAAUGCGCGCCGCAGAGCGAACCGCCGGCGGAGGAACGGGCGGCGCAGCGCGGCCCUCCCGCGGACAGCGCCUGGACCGUGGCCGACAUCCUGACGGAGGAGGACGAGCAGGACCGCGUCCCGCUGCAGAAGCUCCGGCUGCUGGGAGAAUCAGAAGAACUGAGAGGUUUGCUGCUGAACCCACACCUCAGGCAGCUGCUGCUGACCAUUGACCAAGCAGAAGAGAAAAGCUCUCUCAUGAAAAAAUACAUGCAGGAGCCACUCUUUGUGGAGUUUGCAGACUGCUGCUUGAGGAUUGUGGAACCCCCGGAGAAGGAGAACAUUCUUCCUGAAUUAUAACCCACUGAAGAUAAAAAGGAGUACUAACCUAUCACAACGAAGCAUUCCAGCUAAUGGGUUUAUAAUUAAGAGAGAAAGAUAUGGAGUAAAAAAGAAUUGCAUACAGAAGUUUGCGAAAGGCAGAAGAAGCAGCAGAAUCCAGGUAAGCUAGAAGGUCAGCGUGUUUGGCAAGAAAACAAAGUAGGGA